AUUGUUAGGAAGGCGGCGGGCGAGGAGCCGAGAGCCCGCGCGGCGGCGGGUCUCGGGUCGGCGACGGGAACGGGCGCGGGCGCCAGCUCCAGGCCUCGGCGGCCGCGGGCUCAACCUGUGAUAAUUCAGGUCUGAACUCGCUGUUUAGAUUACUAACACUCCGGAAGGCCUUGUACCUACCCUGGUGGAAGGAAGGGGCUUACUCUUCGUCGGUCACUUGCUUUCUCGGAACAUCAAACGAAAACGAAGCCUGACCGUCGCUUUAGGGAGGCGUUCUCAUACACGGUUACGAUGACUUGUGAAACUUGAGUUAUGGGGAGACAGAACCGAAGGAAGCACUCUCCACGAUGGGAGACGCGGCUUUGUGGAAACGUAAAGAUCGGAAAAUUAUGAUGGAACUUUAAAAGCAUGGUCUCUUUAGAAAGUAAAUUUUAAGCCAGUUUCUUGGUUUUAGCUGGAAAAGCGAAAGCUUAGCAUUUUGGUUACGAAGUGAUUUCUGAAAGAUGUUUUCCAGGAAAAAGCUAAGACUUCUCUCAGACUUGAGCGCUGAGGACACUCAGAUGUUGGCUUCAGCUCCUAGGCUGGACUCGGCAGAUCGGCCCAUGAAAACUUCUGCAUUGAGACAAAGGAAAGGAUCCACCAGAAAGCAACACCUAUUAUCUUGGGCUUGGCAGCAAGGAAGAAAAGUACUGGAAAUACUGCAAUCUGAAAAGCAGACUGAAAGGUGACAAAGAAGCUGAAGAUGGGUGGUGGAGAGAGGUAUAACAUUCCAGCCCCUCAAUCCAGAAAUGUUACUAAGAACCAACAACAGCUUAACAGACAGAAAACCAAGGAUCAGAAUUCCCAGAUGAAGAUUGUUCAUAAGAAAAAAGAAAGAGGACAUGUUUAUAACUCGUCAGCAGCUGCACGGCAGGCCAUGCAGAAUGGGGGGAAGAACAAGAAUUUUCCAAAUAAUCCAAAUUGGAACUCUAGUUUAUCAAGUCCCAGCUUGCUUUUUAAGUCUCAAGCUAGUCAGAACUAUGCUGGAGCCAAAUUUAGUGAGCCACCAUCACCAAGUGUGCUUCCCAAACCACCGAGCCACUGGGUUACUGUUUCCUUUAACCCUUCAGAUAAGGAAAUAAUGACAUUUCAACUUAAAACCUUACUUAAAGUACAGGUGUAAAGAUGUUCAAAUUUAGUUAUAUUUACAAAUAGUUGUCAAUUGCUAUGAAAGAAAUUCGUGAGAGAAUCUAUAUGUAAAACUGAUAAUGUAAAAUUAUAAUCAGACUUCAUCUCAUUGGUGUGUUGUGUGCACUGUGAUGUAAUGGCAGUAUCAGUGCAACUUAAAAUAAUUGUACUUGAUGUUCUCAAUUAGGUAACUUAAGUGAAAUGACUUAGAUUUGAUAAAUCAACUUUUUUAUUAUUUAGUGGGAAAAAUAAUUUAAGGUUCAUGGGUCAGACUUACUUGAAGUGAUUCAAAUUAUAAGCAUCUAGCUGACACAAAGCUGGAAAACCAGGCAGACAUCUGAAAGUUUGUCUUAGGAAUACCCAAACCAGUAACAUGCCAACAACCUAAUGCACUGCCACUGCCAAAAGAAAAUGUGAAUUUUCUUAAAUCGCUGCAUUUCACUAAAUUGUAGCGAUAAAUGUGUAAAGGGCACUUGGGACUUACUAGAAUGAGGUACAAAUACUCUGGCGGCCCUUUAAAAAAAAAAACGUGAACUGGCAUCUGUCAGGUGUACCAGAACUUUUUGUAGCUUUCCAAGUACAUUUUUGUAUUGCAACACCACACAAAGCUGACAGUGAUUUGGCCUCAUCCCUGCAAAGCUUAAAGUAGAGAGUGAUAUGUGAAAAAUUUACCUACCAAAAAAGAGCCAUGUAAAUACAUGUAAUAAGCUUGUAGCAUAUGUAAAGUUUUCUUGGCUUUUAUCCUACAAAAAAUAUUUUAGUAUGAAUUUGCUGAAUGUAAAACCAUGGACUGUUAUACUAUGGCCUAAUUUUAGAGGUCCACAAUUGUUUUUAAAGUUUGCCCUUGUGCUAAAGUGCCAGUGUAUGUAUAACUUGAUUUGGUUGUAAACUGUAUUAUCAAAGUAAAUCCUAGUGUAAUAUGUUUUAUAUUACAACUAAAAAGGUAUAAGCUGCUAAAAUAUUUCUAUUUUUAAGAGAUGAAAAGUGCAGUACAGGAUUCCUUCACUACCCAGUGUUUAAACCCAAAGAUUAAUUUUGGCUUUCACCACAAAGUGUUGCCAUUGAUUUUUGGUCAUAUCAAUCCAAGGAACCACUCAUGCAAAAGAUUUCUCUUGCAUAACAUCCAACCCAAAAUCCAAAAUAUUAAGUUAAUUUAGUAGUAAGGAAAAAUAUCGAUUGCUAAUGCCCUAUUUUCUAAACAGAAAAGCAAAGUUGUGGUUCUCCAGAUUUGGAUGAAACAAUAUUGUCCAAAUGAAACACUAUUCUAAAGUUUAUGUAGUACUUAAAUGUGUAUAUGAAUUUGAAACAUGGAAUUAAAAAUUUUUUUUCUCCCCAAUAGCUUGUUUUUUAUUUUAAAAACUCACAACUGCCUAAUCUUUAUUCUUACAGUGUACAUAAUGAACUGAAAUUUGAUAGGCUUGUUGGUUUGAAGAGAAGCCACUGGCUUGCUGUUUGGUUGUUUUGGUUUUAUAUACAGCUAUGCAGUUAACUCAAGACUUUCCUGGCAGUGUGAACAGUAGUAGAAAGGCCACACAAUACUAGCAAAAUUUCACAAAGCUCUUGAAGGUCAAAGUGAGUAAAAUGAGUGAUUAAAUUUAUAUUCUAAGAUUGUUUAAAUUUAUAAAAAAUUUAAAAAAUAAAUUAUAAAAAACAGCCCAAGAACUCAAAUUGCGUCAAGUGUGGUAGGGUCACACCCACAAUCCUAGCACUGCAGAGGCUGAGGCAGGGGGAUAGCUGCGACUUUUGUGACCAGCCUUGGGCUACAUAGACUCUCUCAAAAAUGAAAAGGAACUCAAAUUGGGAACUCUUGUGUUUUAGAUAUAAUUCACACAAGGGGGAUCUCUGUAAGGGAAGCUUAUCACACGCUUGCCUUCUAGCCAAUAGCUUCCAAAUGUUAUGAUGGCUUAAGCUUAAACCUGGUUGAGUAAUACUAAGUAGUCCCAUGCCAAAGCUAUAAUUUUUCAUCCAAACAGUAGGGAAUAAAUUCAAAGGUAAAACGAAA